AUGCCCUGUGUGCAAGCGCAGUAUAGUCCUUCACCACCCGGUUCAAAUUAUGCAUCUCAGACCUAUGCGUAUGGCUCGGAGUACAGCUCAGACAUCAUGAACCCUGACUAUGCCAAGCUGACCAUGGACCUGAGCAGUACCGAAAUCACUGCCACUGCCACCACCUCCCUUCCCAGCUUCAGCACCUUUAUGGAGGGUUACUCUGGCAGCUACGAGCUCAAGCCUUCCUGCCUCUACCAAAUGCAAACUGCCUCCUCUGCCCAGAGGCCCCUCAUAAAGAUGGAAGACACCCGGCUCUCCCCGUACCAGCCCUCACUGCCCCCGUCCACGGACGAGGGGAUGCCCAGCACUUCCAUGUACUUCAAGCAAUCUCCACCCUCCACGCCCACCACCCCUGGCUUCCCUGUCCCGCCGCUGCAGCCCACGCAGACCUGCCUGCCGCCCAGCCAUCUGAUGGAUGCCACCCCCAUGAAGACCGUGCCUCCACGCUUCCCUCUCUUCCACUUCAAGCACUCUCCUCCGCACACGCCGUCCGCGGCCGCCCACAUGUGCUACGACCCUGCCUCCCUGAGCCUGCCCCUGGGCUCCGACAGACCCACGGCCAGCCAGGCUCCCAUGGAGAGCCAUUCCUACGGGCUCCACCUGGCCAAAAGACCAGCCACCUUAGCCUUCUCACCACUCGGCCUCAACGCACCCACCUCCAGCCUGAUGGGUGAGAGCAGUGGAAGUGGCAGCAGUGGCCUCCCAUCUCCGCCCAGCAGGAGCUCUUCAUCUGGGGAAGGCACCUGCGCUGUCUGUGGAGAUAAUGCCGCCUGCCAGCACUACGGGGUGCGGACAUGCGAGGGCUGCAAGGGCUUUUUCAAGAGAACAGUUCAGAAAAAUGCAAAAUAUGUUUGUCUGGCAAAUAAAAACUGUCCAGUGGACAAGAGACGUCGUAACAGAUGCCAAUACUGCCGGUUUCAGAAGUGUCUCAGCGUCGGCAUGGUCAAAGAAGUUGUCCGUACCGACAGCCUGAAAGGGAGAAGAGGUCGGCUGCCUUCCAAACCAAAGAGCCCCUUACAGCAAGAACCCUCUCAGCCCUCCCCACCUUCUCCUCCCAUCAGCAUGAUGAAUGCCCUCGUACGAGCUUUAACCGACUCCACGCCCAGGGAGCUUGACUAUUCAAGAUACUGUUCCACUGAUCAGGCUGCUGCAGGCACAGAUGCAGAACAUGUACAACAGUUCUAUAAUCUUCUGACUGCCUCCAUUGACAUAACUAGAGGCUGGGCAGAAAAAAUCCCAGGAUUUACUGACCUCCCAAAAGAAGAUCAGACAUUACUCAUAGAAUCAGCUUUUUUGGAGCUGUUUGUACUAAGACUCUCCAUCAGGUCUGAUACUGCUGAGGAUAAGUUUGUAUUCUGCAAUGGACUUGUGCUUCAUAGACUUCAGUGCCUUCGUGGAUUUGGGGAGUGGCUCGACUCUAUUAAAGACUUUUCCUUAAACUUAAAGAGCCUUAACCUUGAUAUCCCAGCCUUAGCAAGUCUAUCAGCUCUAACUAUGAUUACAGAACGACAUGGAUUAAAAGAACCAAAGAAAGUGGAAGAGCUAUGCAACAAGAUCACAAGCAGUUUGAAAGAUCACUUAACUUUCAGUUGCCAAAACAAAGGACAACCACUUGAGUCUGCAGAGCCGAAGGUACUGGGUGUUCUGGCUGACUUGCGUUCUCUCUGCACACUGGGACUGCAGCGCAUCUUUUACCUGAAACUGGAAGAUUUGGUGCCAGCCCCUUCCAUUAUCGACAGGCUGUUUCUGGACACCUUACCCUUCUGAGUCAAGCCACCCUCCUGAAAGGCAAACGCCCACCAGAGCAGGCAAAUGGAUCGUGACUUACAGCUAACAUUUCUGCCCUCACUUAACAGAAAAGCAGCUCCGAGUCUAAAAUGAGGUCUUUUCUGGCGCUUUGUCCUUACAACCUGAGGCCUGAAACUUACUGGCUUACUGGUUUGGGGUUGUGUUCUUUGUUUUCUUUUGUGUGAUUUGGGUUUUUUAAAUGGCUAAUAUGGCACUUUUGGACAAUGCUAUCCCAGCAGCGGUAAAAGGUUAACAUGACUGUUUUAAAUCUGUUGUUUAACACCUCAUGGUCUGUGAGGAAUAAAAUUGUAGAAGCUGUGUUUGAAAACAGGAACAGCAAAUAGUUGUUUGCCAGGGUAGUAUGUGUUUUGUGAGGAUACCUUUAGCAUACUUCCCGCAUCAAGGGCACAUACAUCAGCACAAUCUAAUCAAAAAUUCACUUUUUUAGCAAAGUACAUUCAAUUAAACAUUUCAUACAAAUCAAAUAUAGCAAAAUGACAAUGGCUGUUAGCUCCCAUGUUCAAGUGCAAUUUUUUAAAGUGCUGUCUUACUAAGUCUCGUUUAUUAACUAAUUUAUUUUACUAUGAAGACAAACGGAAGAAAUCAAGUGAGAAAAUUACAUGCACUAACUUACCUGACAGAGUUUUCCAAACUUGAUUCCAUGUAGCGUGACUUACUGACAAAUGUAUGUGGAAGACACAGGAGCAAUUGUGGCUCAGUUGUUCCUUAGCUAAGGAAAUCCGAGUAAGUAGUGACUGGAGCAUACAGGGUCAGCAUCAGGGAUAGUUCAGUUCUAGACUCCUAACACAAGUGACUAGUUAGUAAACAGACAGAAGAUGGUUUUCAAGAACAAGCAAGUCUUGUAAAAUAGUAUGAAUGUAAGUGCUAGGAAGGAUAUAGUGGGCUGCGUUUAAACAUUCCGUGUUCGUACUCCUUUUUGUAUGUUUAUACUGUUGAUGCCAUAUUAAUAUGAGAUAAUUUGUUGCAUAGUGUCUUUAUUUGUAUAAAUGUUUGUAUGCAUGGUAUAUUGUAAUGGCUUUGCCUGUAUUUAUUGCAAUGACUGCCAGCUCAUGGGAGCCCUGUUACACAUGAUAACUAAAUGGGGUGUUCACACUGACUCAGAUACACCAGUUGGAAAACUAUAUACAUAUAUAUAAUGUGUAUAUAUAUAUAUGUAUAUACCUCUAUUUGUGUGCGUGUGUGUGUGUGCGCGUGUCUUUUUAUUAACCAUUUGUAUAUAAAAUAUCUGUCAAAUCACAAGCAGAGUUAUUUUACAGUUUAUUUGCAGUGACUUCUAAGGCAGUACUGUUUAGCACUUUGAUAUUAAAAUCUUGCUCAUGUUUUGCUAAAUUCAAAUAAUAUUUAAAAAGUUUAGUUCUAAAAAACUUUAUAUGCACUGUAUUAAGUCAAAAUUUUGUUG